AAUGCAUCUACACUAAGCACUUAUGCCUGGAUGGGAGGCAGAUACAUUUGGAAAUUUAUGACCCUUGUUCGCAGCAAGGGAAGUUCUCCCUCACAGAUGAGCUCCAUUGGGCUGACGGAUUUAUCAUUGUUUAUGACAUCAGUGACAGAACAUCAUUUGCAUUUGCAAAAGCAUUGCUGUACAGGAUCCGAGAGUCUCACAUAAGAGCUUGUAAAAAAAUGGUCGAGUCGUCAGUAUUUUUGGUUGGUAAUAAACAGGAUUUAUGCCACAUGAGGGAAGUUGGCUGGGAUGAAGGACAAAAGCUGGCAAUGGAUAACAAGUGUCAAUUCUGUGAACUGUCUGCAGCAGAGCAUUAUCAGGAAGUUGUGGCAAUGUUCACGAAAGUCCUCAGGAAUAUCACCUCAAAUUUCAAAGUGAAGGAAAAAAGACGACCAAGUGGAUCAAAGUCAAUGGCCAAGUUAAUCAACAACAUGUUUGGAAAGAGAAGGAAAUCUGUGUAAAAGAUGGUUAGUCUUGAAGUAGGAACAAGCUGAAAUAAUGGAGCACAGGCUGCUCUGGAGAUUCAAUCAGUUUCCUCCAAAGGUCAAUGUCUGGAAGACAAGACAGUAGAAACCAAAGGCAGGAGAUAGUAUGGUCAAGUGGACAGGGUCUAGACCUAGAAGACCUGACCUUCUAUUUCCAGUUCUACUACAGAUUUACUGUGUUAGGGCUAUGUCACUUAAACCCUUCAGAUGCUCCUCCCACCCUUUAUCUCCUAAGUUAUUCAGAGGAGAGUUCUAGUCUGUAUUGAUUCAACACCAAGAUGGUCUUGGAUAGAGCUUCUAGGUGCGACUGAAGUAUAAACAGUUAUUUCCGAAAAACUCAGCCUUGCUG